AUGAUUUCCAUCUCAAACUCUGCUGUGCAGCCGUUCCACGGCAUGAUGGACCGGGUGCCCAACGAGCCUUCCUACCGGGCCCCAAUGGAAAAGCUCUUCUACUUGCCCCAUGUCUGCAGCUACACCUGCCUGUCACGGGUCCGCCCCAUCCGGAGCGACCAAUACCGCAGCAAGAACCCCCUCCUGAUCCCGCUUCUCUACGACUUCCGGCGCAUGACUGCCCGCCGCCGCAUCAACCGCAAGAUGGGCUUCCACGUCAUCUACAAGACGCCGUGCGGGCUGUGCCUGCGCACCAUGCAGGAGAUCGAGCGCUACAUCUUCGAGACGGACUGUGACUUCCUCUUCCUGGAGAUGUUCUGCCUAGACCCCUACGUGCUGGUGGACCGCAAGUUCCAGCCCUACAAGCCCUUCUACUACAUCGCGGACAUCACCAAAGGCAAGGAGGACGUGCCGCUGUCCUGCGUCAAUGAGAUCGACACCACCCCUCCUCCGCAGGUGGCUUAUAGCAAGGAGCGCAUCCCGGGGAAAGGCGUCUACAUCAACACCAGCUGGGAGUUCCUUGUGGGCUGCGACUGCAAAGACGGCUGCAGAGACAAAUCUAAAUGUGCCUGCCAUCAGCUGACAGUCCAAGCAACAGGCUGCACCCCCGGCGGGCAGAUCAACCCCAACGCUGGCUACCAGCACAAGAGGCUGGAGGAAUGCCUCCCGACAGGAGUCUAUGAAUGUAACAAGAGAUGCAAAUGCAACAUGAACAUGUGCACCAAUCGCUUGGUACAACAUGGACUCCAGGUCAGACUCCAGCUGUUCAAGACUCAGAACAAAGGCUGGGGAAUCCGCUGCCUUGAUGAUAUUGCCAAGGGCUCUUUUGUCUGCAUUUAUGCAGGGAAAAUCCUCACGGAUGACUUUGCCGACAAAGAGGGGCUGGAGAUGGGGGACGAGUACUUCGCCAAUCUGGAUCACAUCGAGAGCGUGGAGAACUUCAAGGAGGGCUACGAGAGCGACGCCAAGUGCUCCUCCGACAGCAGCGGCGUGGACCUGAAGGACGAGGACGAGGAGAACACAGGCAGCGAGGAGCAGGAGGAGUCCAACGAGGACAGCUCCGACGACAACUUCUGCAAGGACGAGGAUUUCAGCACCAGCUCGGUGGGCCAGAAGGAGAACGGCCUGUCGGAGACGGCCUCCAAGGACUCCGGCCUCACCCGGCAGACCAGCCAGGACGAGGUGGUUGUGACCACGGCCUGCAAGCCGCCCAUGUCCGAGGAGACCUCCAAAAACAAAGUGGCCUCCUGGCUGAGCUCCAACAGCAUGUCGGACAGCUUCCAGGACAACGACAGCGCCUCCUCGUUCAAGGCCAGCGAGGCCAGCGAGGCCAGGGCAGGCAAAAGCCGAGAGAAGCCCAGUGCGUCUGGGCUGGGGGGCAAGGAGGCCUUUGGCUUGGAGACAGACUCAAAGGCGCAGAGGAAGGAGGAACCUGAAGAGCCAAGCAAGCAUUCGAUGGCACCCGAGACAGGCAAGGUGUAUGGCUACAAUCCAAGCCCCAUGAAACUGGAGGGGAUCCGGAGGCCACCCAGCAAGACGACCGUGCAUCAGAGCAGAAGGCUUUUGGCUCCUCCACAACAAGCGACUGAUGAUGUGCUGACGCUGUCGAGUAGCACGGACAGCGAGGGGGACAACGGGCAGCCGGCAGCAGGACAAGCGCAGGGCAAUGCAAACGACAGUGACGACAUCCAGACCAUUUCCUCUGGCUCUGAGGAAGAGGAUGUUGAGGAUAAAAAGAAUUCCUCUUCCGGCCUAGGCCCUGUCAAAAGGCAAGUGGCAGUGAAAUCCACACGAGGGUUUGCCCUCAAAUCGACUCACGGGAUCGCCAUCAAAUCGACCAAUAUGGCAUCCGCCGACAAGGGGGAGAACAUGCUGGUGCGCAGGAACACCCGUCAGUUCUAUGACGGCGAAGAGUCCUGCUACAUCAUCGACGCCAAACUCGAGGGGAACCUGGGCCGCUACCUGAACCAUAGCUGCAGCCCCAACCUGUUUGUGCAGAACGUCUUUGUGGACACUCACGAUCUCCGGUUCCCUUGGGUCGCCUUCUUCGCCAGCAAGCGGAUCCGGGCUGGGACUGAGCUCACCUGGGAUUAUAACUACGAGGUGGGCAGCGUGGAGGGCAUGGAGCUGCUGUGCUGCUCUAAACAGGUGGCCGGGGAGGCCUUGCAGUCAUUUAAAAAACCCAACAACUGA